GCGCUGCACAUUUUGAAGCUCUCUCUCUCUCUCUCUCUCUCUCUCUCUCUAACACGCACUCUCUCGGCCUGUUUCGCUGCCUCUCGUCUGUGACCGCCUUGUAUGUAUUCUUAGAACCAGAAGCUCUAAUCGGCAUUUGAAUCAUUCUUCUAGGGUUUGUUUUCUGCUGCUCCUUCUGAUAAUGUGAUAUUCGUAUGCGUUCCUCAUGAUUUCUCCAUACAUUGCACAUUCAUUUUUAGGGCUUCGUUCGCGCCCCUUUGUUAUUACAAUGGAUAAAAGAUGGAAGUAGUGGUAUUAAGGUUCGCCUGGAUCUGGUUAUGGACCGGGAAGAUCAUUACUGGAAGUGACUAAAGAUGUUCAUUGAUGACUGAGGAUAAUCAUAUGAGUGGGAGCAGCCGUGAAGGUUCCGCAAAUCGCAAUGACAAGUUGCCAAAAGUUAACUGGUUGCAGCAUGCCAAUGCACACGGCAACUUCGCAGACCAAAACAAGUUCUUGAGUUCAAAUUUCCUGUUUUCGUUGCCGACCCAAAAGCCCCGUGCUGAAGGACCGGCAAGAUCAAUGGCUUGCCAUAUUCAGAAUAUUCAAAGACUGCAGAGUCCACAAGUCGGAAAGGCUUGGCAGGCUCUUUCUGCUCUUAAGAUAUCUUGCAGGCACUAUAUAAGACCAGGAAAAACUGUACUACCAGUUAAGGAUAAUUUUGUGGACUUUCCUCAAGAUGUCAGAGGGAAAACUACUGUACAGAGCUCAUCUGACAGAACUAACAGAUUUCCAGAAAGUAUGCAUACAGAUCAAAACUUCAACAAAAACAAUGCCAAGAUUAGUAAUUCUGCAAGGUACAUGGGCAAUUCCUUUCAGGAAGGUGAUAUAUGUGCUGCAGCUGGUAAAGAUUUAGGGGGACAAAAUGAGUAUGAAGCAACAAAGCUCCAAAAUUUCGAUGCACAAAUCAUAGAUGGAUCAUUUGGCUAUCAUACCUCACAUACUAUUCAAGUGAAGGAGUCUGCAGAAGCUUUUGCUAAUGACAUUGAUGACGAUGACAUACUUGAGAAUAUAGACGUUGACCAAAUAGUCAUGGAACACUACCAAUCAACUUGCACACCUCAACCUCAACCAUCAAUCUCUAAGCUUCGACCUACUACUCCUGCAAGUAACUACAAUACUGCAAGACAGGAGGAGUUAUGUUUGCCACCUGAAUUAUGCUUAACCUGUAGUCAUGGUUGUAAGCUUGGACUUUGCCCAGAAGCUGCAGACCAUUUACAGGAAAUGAAGGACACUCUAAUAGCCAUAUCAAACGAACUUCUCGACAAUGUUACGGACCUUGGUCCAGCGCUGAUAGAUAAACUGCGCCAAGAUAGGUUGCAGCUUAAUAAGCAAAUUCAGCAGCUUGAGAAGCGUCUUCAUCCUGUUUCAGCUGAUGAGGAAAGACAGGAAUCGCAUUUUUCUGCAUCCACAGCCACUCCCAGGGCAUUCCAAUAUGGAACCCCUACAGCAUCUGCCUUCAGAACUGAUCCUAUGCGGUUUGAUGCCCUGAUUCAUGAUCGUAAUGAACUGGGCAAUUAUGAAAAGUGGAAUUCGUCAUCCGUUUCAUUCUCUUCUGUCGAUACUUCUAGUUUUUCACAUGGUCCUGUGGAGAGGGAACCAUACAUCCCAAAGUAUGUCGGCGUCAAUUACAUUGAAGGUUCAAGUGAAAAGAAAUGGAGCAGUGGGAAUUUCCCAUGGACAAAGAAGCUGGAGGCCAACAAUAAGAAGGUGUUUGGAAACCACUCAUUUCGUCCCAAUCAAAGAGAAGUCAUCAAUGCAACAAUGAGUGGAUAUGAUGUUUUUGUUUUAAUGCCUACAGGUGGAGGAAAGAGCCUGACAUACCAGCUUCCUGCCCUUAUUUGUCCAGGCAUAACAUUGGUUAUUUCUCCUCUUGUUUCACUAAUUCAAGAUCAAAUUAUGCAUCUGUUGCAGGCAAACAUACCUGCGGCUUACUUAAGUGCUAAUGUGGAGUGGACUGAGCAGCAGGACAUUUUUAGAGACCUUACUUCAGAUAAUUGUAAAUUCAAGCUGUUAUAUGUCACACCUGAGAAGGUUGCUAAAAGCGAUGUUCUAUUGCGUCACUUGGAGAGCUUAUAUGCUCGGGAAUUGCUUUCCAGGAUUGUUAUUGAUGAAGCUCAUUGUGUAAGUCAAUGGGGACACGAUUUCAGACCAGAUUAUCAGGGUCUUGGUAUUUUAAAGCAAAAGUUCUCAAAUACUCCUGUCUUAGCCUUAACUGCUACUGCAACAGCCAGUGUAAAAGAAGAUGUUGUCCAAGCCCUUGGUCUUGUAAAUUGCAUUGUUUUUCGGCAAAGUUUCAAUCGCCCGAAUUUAUUGUAUUCUGUUGUCCCUAAGACAAAGAAAUGUCUUGAUGACAUUGACAAGUUCAUUAAAGAAAAUCAUUUUGAUGAAUGUGGAAUUAUUUAUUGCCUCUCAAGAAUGGACUGUGAAAAAGUUGCUGAAAGAUUACAGGAAUGUGGACACAAAGCAGCAUUUUACCAUGGCAGCAUGGAUCCUGCUCAGCGAGCAUUUGUUCAGAAGCAAUGGAGCAAAGAUGAGACUAAUAUAAUAUGUGCAACGGUGGCAUUUGGGAUGGGUAUUAACAAACCGGAUGUCCGCUUUGUCAUUCAUCACUCUCUUCCAAAAUCUAUUGAAGGUUAUCAUCAGGAAUGUGGUCGUGCUGGUAGAGAUGGUCAACGUUCAUCUUGUGUUUUAUAUUACAGUUACAGCGAUUAUAUUCGGGUCAAACAUAUGAUUAGCCAAGGAGUGACUGAGCAAAGUCCCAUGAUGUCUGGUUAUAACCGUUCUAAUAUGGCAAGUUCAGGGAGGAUACUGGAAACAAAUACUGAGAAUCUUCUGCGUAUGGUUAGUUAUUGUGAAAACAAUGUUGAUUGUCGACGUUUCCUACAGCUUGUUCAUUUUGGAGAAAAGUUUGAUUCAACCACCUGCAGGAAAACUUGUGACAAUUGUUCCAAGAUCAAAAGUUUUGUUGAGAAGGAUGUCACUGAGAUUGCAAAGCAAUUGGUUGAGGUGAUAAAGUUAGCAGGGCAACAGUUCUCAUCAUCUCAUAUCUUGGAAGUUUACAGGGGUUCCUUAAGUCAAUUUGUCAAGAAAUAUAGGCAUGACACCUUGAGCCUUCAUGGAGCUGGAAAACAUUUAGCUAAAGAUGAGGCUUCUCGAAUAUUGCGUCAUCUGGUUGUUGAGGAUUUUCUUGUGGAAGAUGUUAAGAAAAGUGGUAUUUAUGGAUCUGUAUCAUCAGUAUUAAAGGUGAAUGAAUCGAAGGUUUACAAUCUCUUCUUUGGUGGGCAGAAAAUUAUAUUGCGAUUCCAUUCCUCAGAAAAAGCAUCUAAACUGAGCAAAUCUGGAGUGACUCCUGCAAAAGGUUCACUAAUAUCAGGAAAGCUAAGCCCUCAACGAAUAGAAACUCCUGCUCAACCUCAAUCGGAAGUAGAUCUGAAUCUCUCUGCAAAACUAUAUUCUGCUCUUCGAAUUCUUCGAACUGUUCUAGUUAAAGAAGCUGGGGAAGGAGUCAUGGCAUAUCACAUAUUUGGAAAUGCUACAUUACAGCAAAUUAGUAAGAGAGUUCCCAGAACAAAAGAAGAACUUCUAGAGAUCAGUGGCAUUGGCAAGGCAAAGGUAAAUAAGUAUGGAGAUCGGGUACUUGAAACAAUUGAAUCUACUAUUAACGAGUACUACAAGGACAAAAACAGUAACAGCAGCAAUGAUAGUAAUGAGUCAAUUAAGAGGAGACGACAAUCUGCUAGGGUCCCAAACAUGGAUUUGGAAGAGGAUGAUUUCAUUGAAAGCACUGGCAGGUCAAGGAAAAGGGCAAUAAAGAGGCAGAACAGCAGCGUUGAGGUUAAUUCUAUGGAGCCAAACUCUUUUAACCACUGCACGGAUGAUCUAGAUUUUGAUGAUACCAUUUGUGAUAUCCAAAUUAAGGAUUUAGAGACAAAGGCUAAUCAGAAUGGUUCAGGAAGAGUGCUGCCUUUUUGGUCACGGAACAACGGCCAAUGUAACGAUAACAAUAUGUUCCAAGAAUAUACCUACAAAAGGAAGAUUUAGAUACAUUUAUGAUAUCUAUAAUUUCCCAUCACAUCUUUUCGUUUAAGGGUGAAAUGGAAAGCAAAGUUCAGUAUUUGUAGUUCUAGGACAAACUGACUCGCAUUCCAUUGGAAUACAAGAGAGCUGUGUUUGUCUUGUCAAUAGUUUCCUAUUUUGGAAACUUUGUAACUGGAAAAUUGGGCUUUUCUUUCCUUGUAAAUUUUUGGAAGAAAAUCAGGGUUAGGUUUUGGAAGCAUUAAA